GUUGCGUCCCUUGUUUUUAAGGUGUCGCGUUUCAAGAUGUCUGCGCCUUAUGAGAUUUUGAUGACUAGUGAUGCGUCUGGACACUUGUGGAAUGCAUGUGUUUGGGACAUUCAGACAGGGGCCAGUCUACUCACCUACAGAGGGGGGAGUACUGGUCCCCGUACUCUGUGUGUUCUCGGAGGGGAUUACUUGAUUGGAGCAGACAGCAACAAACCACUUCUACAUCUGUGGUCUUUACAGAAAAAGGACCAGACCCAGAUGAGAAUAGUUUGUCCUGGAAGAGUUACCUCCCUUGCUGUCUCACCUGAUGGAAGUUACUGUGUUGCGGGGAUUGCUGAGAAGUUGCAUGUCUGGCAGGUGUGUUCAGGAAAUCUGCUGGCUGUGGUUAGCAGACACUACCAGAACAUCAAUGUUAUCAAGUUUACAGAUGAUGGAAGUCACUUUAUUUCUGCAGCAGCAGACAACCUGAUCAUUGUUUGGUCUUUGACCAGUGUUGUUUCUUUGUCUGCCUACUCUACCGGUCAGUCAGACCCAAGACACGUCUGGUCCAGUCACUCACUGCCCAUCACAGACCUUCAUGUUGGGGCAGGUGGUGUCAGGGCUAGAGUUAUCUCCUCUUCCUUGGAUCACACGUGCAAGCUGUGGGACAUUGCUUCAGGGAGUCUCCUGUGUACAUUUGUGUUUGAUGUCGGUAUAUCUUCCAUCACUAUGGAUAUGGCAGAAUUCAGAAUAUUUGCCGGCGGAACAAAUGGCAACAUAUUUGCAGUUAAUAUGUAUGGACAGCCAAUGAAAACAGAACGACACAUUUCUAGUACUGAGUUGGAAGAAUCUGGUGUCACAUGCUUCAAAGGACACGAGAAACAAGUUACUCAAUUAUCAGUUUCAUUGGAUGGAACUAGACUGGUGUCCGGGUCACAUGACUGCACCUGUCGUCUGUGGGACAUUUUCAGUGGACAGUGUCUGCGAACUCUUGUACAUAAAGGAAUCGUCACCAAUGCAUUUUUCAUGCUGACACCACAAGGAAUUGCUAAUCCCGAUAAGCCACCCAUGUUGCCAAUUCAGCAGUUUAAACGGAGCUUACACAUGAGUUCAGAAGCUGACAAGAACACAACAGAAACAUUGGAUGUGAGGUUACAGGAUAACACAAAUGGUGCUGACAAGUUAUACAGGAAGCCAAGGGACAACAGUGUCACGGAUAUUCUGCAAGAAGAAGCACGUUUGGAUCUUUUGCAACAAAAUACAAAGACUUUAUCAAAUGAGGUAGCAAUGCUGAAAGCCAAAAAUAAGCAAAUGUACGAGUUUUGUGUUGAACACAUAUUGAACAGUAAAGUGAAAUAAAGUGA